UUUUAUUCAUUGCACAUCGUCAUAAUUAAUUAUUUUCAUAUUUUUUUCUUUUGACAUCGUCGACAUUUCGGCUACUUAAUAUAUUAUAUAAAUAAUAAUAUUUAGUUAUUCUGAAAUUCAAUUAAUUAUUUUUUUGAUUGCGCCGUCUCAUUUCCUAUCUAGUACAGCUGUUGUUUAUAUAUUUAUAUUUAAAUAUUGUUAAUCAUACUUUAGGUAGAUAAUAGAGCAUUAUUGUAAUCAAUGGACGUUAAUAAUAAUUUUGGUAAAUCCGGAUAUAAAAUCACGAUCUUCCAUUUGUAGUUUUUUUCAGGAAUACGGUGGAAUAAAUCGUUAUGGAAUAGUGAUAUUUGAAAACAACGCGAGGUGUGGAAACGUACAAUUCUAAAUUUUAAAUUUAUUUACUAGAUAUUAAUUCGAUAUUUAUAUAUUGUUAUCAAAUCUGGAUUUUCUAUAAUCGAAUUAAGAUUUAAAACAGAUUAAGCGCACAGAAUAUAUAGUGAUUGGUCGUCAAAUAUUUUUAUUAUCUUUAAACGGUUCUGAUACUGAUUUUGGAAAUCAUUCUGAUAUUUGUGUUCGCGUUUGAAGUGUUUCCUCGUUGUUUUGAAAUACUACUACACUAUCCAAGGGCAGUUUCUGAAAAUAUAGAAGUCGUUUGAAUUAUUCGAUCGCUUGUUAUACUAUUUAUUUGUGUAGUUAAGUUAUGGGUUGCUUUUGGAUAAAAUUAUCGGGCUAUGUGUUAGGGGUAUUAGUAGGAAUACAAAUUUAGACUAAGCUGGUAUUUAACUGUAAAACACCUCGGUAAUGUAACGUGAAAGUUACACCACGCGGAAAUUAAUGCGUCCCAGGUGACAUUUAGUCGUGAAUUAUUAGAUUAAGUUUCUGUUUGUUAGAAGCAUAGAAUCAAUCGAUUCGACCUGAAAGAUUCCAAAUGUAACCAACGUUUGCAAUUGAGAAUGGAUAAUGAACGUUAUGUCAAUCGGUUAUGGGUUAUAUUUCCCUGGCGGGAUAGCAAGAUGUAUCGGAUGAUCUUCACGGACGUUAAAACUGGCAUGGAACAAGUGAAACGCUUAAUAUAACGCCAAUUCGAGUAUCGUGUUGCCUUAGUCACAAGCUGCCUAAAUACCAUGCGUUUAAUCGAUAAACGCACACCUUACAUCGACAAAAAGCAAUAGAGAUUUAUUAGGACCUAUUAUUGAAGCUUCACACUGCGAUAGUGAUGUGUUAGAUUUAGGGGGCAGUUUUAAGAUAUAAUUUAAUGAUAAAUCCUGCACUCGCAUGCACCACAACAUAUUCUAAAGAUAAUCAUAUUCUAAAUAUAAAGAUAAGCUUUAUAUAAGAAGAGUGUAUGAGUUACAGGGGAUGUUAAUUUAGACUUUAUUGUCCUAAAUUCCCAUAACCAUUCCGAACCUAUAUUCCCGAUAGCAAUCCUUUAUUUUCCCGUUCCUUUUCGAAUUAGUCAUAAGAAUCCAGUGCAAGUGCUUUGUGACUGUCACAUAGCAUCUAAUAACUAGUUAGGUAAAAAGUAUCAAAAACCAACCGAUAUAAUAGUUAACACUGAGUUCUGCCCCCACGUAAUCUUAGUUUUAACUAAAACAUUGCUUCUAAAUACAGCAAGCCUUACAUGUUUAUGACGUCAAUAUUUUAACAGUUACUAGGCCUAUUAAAGUUGCUAAAUCUAUUUAUCAAACAAUAGUUGUAAAGCAUUAUAUUAGACCAAUGUGUUACCGUUGUAUUAGCUAUAUUAUAUAAGUUGUACAUUAUGAUAUCUGGAUAUAUAACGCAUUGUUUAAGGGUGUUAGUCACAAAAAUUGAUGACAAGUUUUAGUUAUUAAGAAAUAGAUUAUCACAAAUAUAUAUUACGAUUAGGACAGAAUUAUUCGCUGUAUUUGACCAACACUACAUCUUGUUUAUAUAAUGUAAAGAUAAAUAUAUGAUUAACGAUCACUACACAGAUAAAGUAGUGAUUUAUGACUAUAUUUAUCAUAGUUUUAUAUUAUAUAUAAAAUGAGUAAAUUGAAAAAAUAGAAAAAAUUAAAUAAAGCUGUUAUUCUCAAUGAACGGUUUUAACUACACGUUGCAACGUUAAGUGUUAUACUAAUACGAUAAUUUAAAGUGCUGUGAAUUAAAAUUUGGCGAAAAAAAAACAUUAACAGUUUCUGUAAUAAAUAUUGUUUUCCUUUGCAGUGGUGUAGUUAAAACUCCUCUCAAUUGGUUUGUUAGAAAAAUAUUAGAUGAAGAUAAUCGGCUGUAAAUAUUAUAUACGUGAUAAUUGGUGAAAUUCAUAUUCUAAUAACAAAACAUGGUAUUUCAUGAAAUUCAUUUAAAUUAUAUAAAGUAAUUCGGUUUUGUAGAUUUAAAGUGAUACAUAUGCUGUGUAUUAACAACGCUGUGAAAUUUUUCGAAAGCAAUAUAAAAUGUAACAAAUUCUAAAUAUUUGUAUAUUUCAAUGGCUGGUACUGUAAACGAGUAAAUAAUUAUAUUAUUAUUCCUAAUAAUUAUAUUUAUAUCAUUUUGAGUGUUAUUUAAGAUAAACAACGGUAUUAUAAUUUAUAGUAUUUAGGAACAUAUUCAUUCCAACAGCAUUCGUUGUAGAAGAGUGGACAUCAGCUGUAUAUUGUGAAAUAUUUUUUGAUUAGAACAUUGUAUUUAUUGCUCUUUUUAAGUAGAUAUAGCUGAUGUAGGCGGCUUGAUACGCUUCGUGAGUUGGUGACGUGUGGACGUACCUAGGAAGUUAUUGGAACAAAUUCGUAAUCAAUUUUCUAAAAAAAGGUGAAUAUUUUUUUAUAUCACGAUGCGUGGGUGAACGGAUAAUUUGGCAAUUAUUCGUUUGAUAUAGUAUAGAAGUGUUAUGUAUGAAAAAAAAUCAUGAUUGGUUAUUGGUACAUAGUGUUCCCAUUUAUUCUUAUUCUUUUUUUUUUAAUUUGAACACCUCGUAGAUACUUUUUUGAAGACAUCAUGUAUAACUUACUAGGUACGCCCAUAUGCUAAAUGUGCAUAUAUAAGGUUCAAUAACAAAUUUGGUAAUUUAUUAUUAUAUUGUAAUAUGACACACGCAUUAUAUUCGAUAACGUUUUUUGAAUUGGUCCGCAAUUAAUAGGUAUUAAUUUAUAAGGAUACGGCUUUAUUAAUUAUUAUUAUUGGUGGAGUAGAGGUAAUAUUUUGUUUCGUAUGACAUGUUUAAUUUUUUGUAUUUUUCAAUUGUAUUCAAUUAAAAAUGAAUCAUGAUUAAUUUUGUAAUAAAUUGUUCCAUCUGAGUUUUAGAGAUAAGUAUAGUUUUUACCACCGGUGCUCGAUGCUCUAAUUCAAAUGUCUACUUGAAGCUUAGGACUUCGUACCUGCGAAAAUAUAACACCAAAUAUGCUUUAUUAUCAUAGUUGUUCCACCAUAAUUACCUACAUUUUCACGUUUUACAUAAUAUACACGAAAGAUAUACAUAUUUUUUGAUUAUAAUUUUAUGCUUAUAAAUUUUUCAAGUUUAAUGAAUUUUAGGUCAAGGCGUUAAAUUACAUAACAAUGUACAAGUUUAGUAGACCGUAGAUUACAUCACAUUCAGUCGAUACGAAAUGUACCUACGUUAUAUUGUUUUAUGCACUCCAAUUUUAUAAAAUUGUAACCUUCUAGUUGUGAAUCAUUUCGGCAAAUCUGAGCGACGCCCCACUGUUCUCGAACCGUGUCAAUAAAUGGCUCGUCGGGCGAGGGAAAGUAUUGACGAGACAUCGCUUGAAGUAGCACCGCUGUAGCCCCGCCAAGGUGACCGACUCAGAUUACGUAAGCGCCGAUUCGAGCUCACUCGAUUUGCAUCACCAACCGUCGAGAUGUUGUGCGUGCUUUUUGUACUGGCGAUGGUGGCGCCAUCUCUGUGUGCGCCGUACGACCCUGAAGAUGGCGAGUUGAAGACGGUGCUGCCAUCUAGCGGUGAAUUCGAGGCGUUUUAUCCUCGUAUGGCGCACGGUAUUCCGAACGGUUCGUCGCGACCUGCGCAUGGGCAUGGCAGUUUCUAUAAACACCGCAACCCGGCGCUAGUUGACGUAAAAAAUGCGGCCGCGUACGGUUUUCGAUUUGACGGCGGCAGGAGGUUCAACUUUGAUGACGCGUAAAAUGCACUUUCAAUGUUUUGGUUUGAUUAAAAAAAUGUGAUGGA